AAAAUUAUUGAAGCUGAAGGGGAAAUAAAAACAGCAGAAAACCUUAGAGAGGCGUCAAGAAUAAUGAUGGAAAAUCCUCAAACUAUACUGGUUAUAAUUUAGUCAUAAUAAUUUAUUAAGAUACAUUUUGUUAUUCAUAUCAUUAUCAAAAUAUUUUAUUAUCGUUUUUUAGUUAUCGUUAUUUUAAGUUUUUUUUUUUUACUAUUUUAAUCUUUUUUUUCAGUUACGUUAUUUACAAACUCUGAAUUUCAUUGCAUCUCAACAGCCAACGUCUAUAAUUUUUCCAUUUCCUAUUGAGAUUCCUAAACCAUAAAUCUUCUAUAACAUUUAGAAACUACUUUAUACUUACCUUUAUUGUUGUUUCAAAGAAAAUGUCAAUGUGUAUAGGUUCCAUUCUGACAUCUAUACUUCUUUCAUACCGCUAAUAAUUUACAUAUUUUUUUGGAUUAAUGGUUUUCUUUUAAUAUAACUAUGACUAACAAUCUAAAUUUUGGUGUUAAUACGUCACAAGAUAAUAUAUCCUAUAAUAAAAUAAAUAAAGAUGCAGAAAAAAGCAAAGAUGAAGAUCCGACAAAAGAACGUAGUGUCUCAAUAGAUUAUUCAGAUAGAAGAGUGUUACGUAUGCAACACAAAGAAGAUGAUAAAUUAAUAGAAAAAGUUCUAGUAUUCAUGUCAAUUAUAUUGGUAAUUAUUACAUUUCCGCUCUCUCUUCUUUGUGUGUUCGUGACGGUCCGUCAAUUCGAACGAGCAAUAAUACUUCGUAAUGGAAAGGUACACAAAAAUCGAGCAUUUGGUCCCGGGCUUAUUUGUUACCUGCCCUGUGUUGAUACCAUUAAAUUUACGGAUCUCAGAAUUAUCUGUUACGCUGUACCUCCUCAAGAAGCUUUGACGAAAGAUUCUCUAACCGUAGCAGUAGAUGCAGUUAUUUAUUAUAAAAUUUAUAAUCCAGUGCGGGCAGUAAUAAAUGUCGCUGAUUAUAAGAUGGCAACACAAUAUUUAGCCGCAACUACUCUCAGAAAUGCUUUAGGAACAACAAAACUCUCAGAAUUGCUCUUAAAUCGACCGACAGUAAGCUUUCAAAUAUUCCAGCAAAUGAAGAAUAUAACCAGAGAAUGGGGUAUUCAGGUUGUCAGAGUAGAAAUUAAAGACAUAAGCUUACCUUUGCAAUUACAAAAAGCAAUGGCAGCAGAAGCCGAGUCCUCUCGACUAGCGAACGCAAAAAUAAUUGUAGCAAAAGCAGAAAUUGAGUCUACUAAAAAUCUCCAAAUAGCUACAAAAUUACUAAUGGACAACCCGCUGUGUAUGCAGUUACGUUAUUUACAAUCUCUUCAUAUGAUUGCUGGAGACCAAACUCAUACUAUUGUGUUACCGUUCUCUGCAGAAACUUUAAAGAAUAUAUUCAAAUAAUGUCGACGCCAUAACGUUAGUUCAUUUGCUUUUUAA